AUGGUCGCAAUCGCCGCUGCACUCGUCCUCGGCGCGGGUGCGGCGGCCUUGGCGCCGCCGUCGCCGGGUUUGAGUCCUGGUCGCGGCACGAACGCGACCUCAGCGCCGUCGAAUCCGUCGAGCGGCGUCCUCGGUGCGGAUGCGGCGGCCUUGGUGCCGCCGUUGCCGCCCUUGGGCCGCGACAGGAACGCGACGACGCUGCCCGCCCCGCCAUCGAAUCCGUCGAGCGGCGACUGCGGGCCGCGGGCAGACUUCGUCGACGGACCUGACGGCGCGGCGGUCGCGGACGGUUUGCUGUUCCGGCGGCGGCUGCCGGAGUUCGUCGAGGACGCGCGCACGGCCGUCGCGGCGCUGGACUUUCGCGCGAACGAGUGGUGCGUCUACUUCGGGACCUGCGACGACGGCGACGCGCCGCGGACGCGGACGUCGAAGACGUACCUGCCCUGCCCGUCGCAGCGGCGCCUCCUCGCGCCGCGCUGGCUCGCGGGCGCGGCCCAGAGCAUGCUGCCCGGCGACCUCGGCGCGAGCGACGGCAACGCGCUCUGCCGCCUCGCGCGCGAGGUGACGGCCGCGAUCGCGGACGUCGUGUUGCCGAGCCUGGGAGAGGCGCGGCGGUCCUGCGUCGUUCAGGAGCUCUUCGCGAACGUCCAGGACCGCGGCGCGUGGACGAACCCGCACGUCCACGACGACGACUUCUACGGCGCGAUCUUCUACGUCGACGCGCCGGAGGGGACGCGCUUCUGCUACGACGACUCGCUCGGGACGCCCGCGCGCGAGCGCUGGGAAACCUACGACCCGGCGCUCGUCGGGCCGCUCGCGGAGACGCGCCACCACGUCGAGCCGCAGACGGGCGACCUCAUCCUCGCGCCCGUCGGCUGGCUCCGGCACUGGGUCCCGCCCGUGGACGCGGACGGCCGGACGGCCGUCGUCUUCAACGUCGUCUGUCUGUAG